UAACUACUCUCUCUCUCUCUCUCUCUCUCUAGUUUGCAGAUUCAAAGAAACACUGAAGAUUCAUCUUUUACAUCUACAGUCAAAAACCAUGGAAAUAGCAAGGAACCCAUCUCCUUGAAUCCAUUAUUUUCUGUAACAACAUCAAGGAAUGAGAUAUUUGGGGCUUAUUUAGCCAAACUCAGGGGAUUGGUGCAGUUCCAGAGAUUUAUGGCUUUGUUCCAAUUCACAACUUUGUGUCUCUGUCUCCUCCUUGUGUUUGGGAGCUGCUUUGCCAGCGAUCAACAUGUUGGUCAGAUAUAUCCAGGAUUCCAAGCUUCUCACAGUGAAUGGGCGGAUAAACAAGGACUAUUCCUGUCAUCCAACAGCUCUGUAUUUGCUUUGGGCUUUUACACUGCAUUGGAUGCCAAAUUGUUUCUGCUAGUAGUUAUUCAUCUGGAUAGUUCCCAAGUGGUUUGGACUGCCAAUAGAGGCUUACUGGUCAACAAUUCUGAUAAGUUUGUCUUUGACAAAAAUGGGAAUGUAUUUUUGGGAAGUGGGGACGGUGUAGUUUGGUCUACAAACACAUCAGGGGAAAGAGUUGCAGCCAUGGAAUUGCAGGACUCAGGAAACUUGGUAUUGCUAGCUGAGGAUAAAAGUAUUCUUUGGCAGAGUUUUAGCCAUCCCACCGAUACCCUUUUACCUGGCCAGGUGUUCCAGGAAGGAAUGAGGCUGCAAAGCUUUCGAAACCGCAAUAAUGUGUCUCAUUUUCUUGAAUUCAGGUCAGGUGACCUGGUCUUGUAUGCUGGUUAUCAAACUCCACAACUCUAUUGGUCCAUAACAAAUGAUAGCCGCAAAAGCAAUAACAGUGUCACCGGUAGCGUUCAUUCUGUCUCUCUGGAGUCCAAUUCAUGGAAUUUCUAUGAUAAGAAUAGACUUCUACUCUGGCAAUUUGUCUUCUCUGACUAUACAGGUCCCAAAACAUUGUGGGCUGCUGUUUUAGGCUCGGAUGGAGCAAUAUUGUUUAAUAAUCUCAUAAAGGGAAAUGCUUCCACUCCUGAGGCUACUAAGAUACCACCAAAUUCCUGCAAUGUUCCUGAGCCUUGUGAUCCAUAUUAUGUGUGUUAUUUUGGGAACUGGUGCCAAUGCCCUUCGCUUCUCAGCUCUGAAUUUGAUUGCAAACCUCAGACUGUCUCAAGCUGUAAUAGCUCCCAAACGUCAGCAGAGCUUUUAUUUGUUGGUGAGAAGCUUAAUUAUUUUGCACUUGGAUUUGUUCAACCUGUUUUGAAAUCUAAUCUAAAUGCAUGCCAAGAAGCUUGCCUUACAAGUUGCUCUUGCCUUGUGCUGUUCUUCCAAAGUACUUCUGGGAGAUGCUUUCUAUUUGACCGGAUAGGGAGUCUGCAACGCUCUGGUGAGCGCUCUCCUGGUUACGUUUCAUACAUGAAGGUCCCAAUUGGUGCAGAUGGUGGAAAUAGUCAUGCAAGCAGAAAGGAAAAAAAGAGCAUAUCAGUUGUAAUCAUUGUUCUUUCAACCAUACUGAUUAUUCUUGGUCUACUUUAUGUGGGAUUCUGGUAUUACCGCAGAAAGAGAGGAUUGCUGGAAUAUUCUCAAGACAACCUGGAUGAAGAUAAUUUCUUGAGCAGUCUUUCCGGGACACCUGCUCGUUUCAGUUAUAUUGAUCUUAGUCAAGCAACCAAAAACUUCACUACAAAGAUAGGCGCAGGCGGGUUCGGCUCGGUCUACCUUGGUGUGCUCCCAGAUGGCACUCGCUUGGCUGUGAAAAAAUUGGAGGGCAUUGGGCAGGGGAAGAAGGAGUUUAGAGCUGAAGUUACAAUUAUUGGGAGUAUCCAUCAUGUCCAUCUGGUCAAGCUCAAAGGAUUCUGCGCGGAGGGGUUUCACCGGCUUCUUGUCUAUGAGUACAUGGCUAAAGGUUCUCUGGAUAAAUGGAUCUUUAAGAACAAUGAAGGGGGUCACCUGUUGGAUUGGGAUACAAGAUUCAAUAUUGCAUUGGGUACUGCUAAGGGAUUAGCUUAUCUCCAUGAAGAGUGCGAAGUGAAGAUUAUUCACUGUGACAUAAAACCUGAGAAUGUUCUUCUUGAUGAUAAUUAUGCAGCCAAAGUAUCCGAUUUUGGUUUGGCCAAGCUAAUGAACCGUGAACAAAGCCUUGUCUACACAACACUAAGGGGUACAAGGGGGUACCUUGCACCUGAAUGGAUAACCAACUAUGCCAUAUCUGAGAAGAGUGAUGUAUUCAGCUAUGGCAUGGUGUUGCUUGAGAUUAUUGGAGGAAGGAAGAAUUACGAUCCAGAAAAUCAUUCAGAGAAAUCCCAUUUUCCCUCUUAUGCCUCCAAGAUGUUAGAAGAGGGAAAAGUGAAAGAAGUCUUUGAUUCUAGGCUAGAGAUUGAUGAGAAAGAUGAGAGGGUUUCCACUACAAUCAAAGUAGCAUUGUGGUGUAUACAGGAUGAAAUGCAUUUAAGGCCAACGAUGACUAAAGUAGUCCAAAUGCUUGAAGGCAUUUGUGCAGUACCUUCGCCCCCAACCUCCUCUCAGAUUAGUUCACACUCAAGUUUCUUCAAAUGGAGCAGUGAAGAGGGUACUUCAACAGGACUGGUUGAUUACCCUAGUGAGGUAACCAUCUCAGAUGUACGGCUAUCUGGCCCAAGAUAAUGAAAUCAAUUUUUGCAAAUGGAGAUGUAUAUAUUCAGUUGUUUCAAUUAUAUGUUACUAAGUUCUCUGCUCAAUUGAUAUCAAAAUGAAAUGAAUGGCCAAUGUCACUUGUAGCAUUUGUUGCCUUAUGUUU